CCCACAGUCGCGUGGUCGUAUUUUGCUCCUUUAAUAUGUUCAAAAAAGUUUUUAAAACAUUAGGCUAUUUUUUUCUAAUGUGGAUCGUGUCUAUGAUGACUAUAGAACAUAAUUUUAAAUACAAAUACACGUUCUUAUUGCACCAAGAGAAUCACGUUUAUAAACCAAUCAGAAAUGUGUCAACUGAAUCCGCGUUUGAAGUAUGGAGAUCAGUGCUGCCAAUUGAACACACAAUAAGUUUUGAAGAUGAAAUCGAAGCAUUGAAAGACACGCCUACUAAUUAUUUACCAGGUGAAAACGGUACGGCCGUAUUAUUGCAAAACGAUUUGAAAAAUUACAUAAGAGUACGAGUAAAGCAAGGGUGGCGCAAUCACGCAUUCAAUCAAUUUGUUAGUGAUAUAGUACCUUUGAAUAGAUCCUUGCCUGAUGUUAGAGAUGAUUGGUGUAAAAUACAAAAAUACUCAAAAAAUUUACCAGCUGUCUCCAUAAUAAUAUGCUUCCAUAACGAAGCGUGGUCCACUCUGAUAAGAACUCUGCAUUCAGUUUUAUCAAGGACUCCUGCUCAUCUUAUUAAGGAGAUCAUUUUAUUUGACGAUAGAUCAACAAUGCUACACCUUAAAUCAAGUCUUGAAGAAUAUGUACGACAGUUGCCUAAUGUAAUAUUAGUGAAAAGCAUUCGACGUCAAGGUCUCAUAAGAGCUAGACUUAAAGCAAUGGAAUAUGCUACUAGUCAAGUUUUAGUUUUUCUUGAUAGUCAUUGUGAAUGCAAUACAGGAUGGAUUGAACCUCUUCUCGAUCGUAUAGUCACAGACCCAACAACAGUUGUCAGUCCAACAGUAGAUCUUAUCGACGAUAAGACUUUAGAGUACAUUGCUCAGGAUAUAGGCAACUUACGGAUCGGAGGUUUCACUUGGGACCUAAAAUUUAUAUGGAUGGGUAUACCACAAGAAAUGCGAUGGAAAAGACCAAACCCUGCAGCUCCGAUUAACACACCAACAAUUUCUGGUGGUCUUUUUGCGGUACAUAAAACCUUUUUUGAAAAGAUUGGAACUUAUGAUAAAGAGUUAGAACUGUGGGGUGGAGAAAAUUUGGAACUGUCUUUCAAAACGUGGAUGUGUGGAGGGUCUUUGGAAAUUGUACCAUGCUCGCACGUAGGACACAUCUUUCGGAAAUUGAUGCCUUAUAAGAAUGGGGAUCCGGAGCGUUUGUAUAGGAAUCUAAUGCGCGUGGCUGAGGUUUGGAUGGACGACUACAAAAAUUAUUUCUUGGAAAAAAUAGGCAACCCUAGUAUAUCCCUCAAAGACAUCAGCAGCCGAAAACAGUUGCGUGCAAAUUUAAAUUGCAAACCCUUUGAAUGGUACUUGAAUAAUAUUUAUCCACAGUUAGAAAUACCUGACAAGUACGUGGCUAGGGGUCAAAUUUAUAAUGGUGAAUACAACUUGUGUUUUGAUUUCUCACCAGAUGAAAGCAAAAUAGAGCGAUUUGUUCAAUUAAUGUUUUGCCAUAACCUAGGUGGUAAUCAAUAUUGGGUUUAUACAAGAUAUGGUCAAAUUAAAAUGGAAGAGUUUUGUCUCGAAUACAUAGCAAAUGUGUUACAAAUGUUUAUAUGUCAAGGAAAAGUUGACUCACAAAGAUGGUUGUUUAAUAACUUGACUCAACACAUCAAGCAUAAGAAAAGUCAAAAAUGUCUUCAAAUAACAAAAUAUCCGAAGGGAUAUAUUUUAACUUUGAACGAUUGUACAAAUCCAACCAUUCUGGAACAGAGGUGGACUAUGGAGAAAUUACGUUUCGAGAGAUUAGAACCGGAUUUAUAUACACACUAGCUUUUGUCCGCAUCUCCGUCCGCGUGAAAAUCCUUCUUCGUACUCCACACUAUUAUGUACGCUAAAUGUCAUAAAAAUCGAUUCCGUGAUGGUGUGGACUCGAAGACGAACAAACUAAUACAUAAACACACUUUGGCAUUUAUUUUAUUAAUAUGGAUAGUAUUUCAAAGUGUUCCUUCAAGAUUUUUAUAUAAAUAAAUGAGCAUUCAUUCAAGUUCAACAAUACGAAGUACAACAAAAAGUAGUUGUUUACAAAAAUAUUCAAAAUAAAAAACACUUCCCAUUUUAUCAAAUUAACAGAAUAUUACACGUAGAAAUAUAUUUUAUCUGCCUUCAAAUGCCAUGUUACUAAGAAAAUAUAAUUGUGAAUCCUAGCCGGAUUUUAUACAUAAAUUGGGUAUAUACUCAGCUCAAAUGGCAGUCAUUCAGUAGCAGAAGGGUUUUGUUUAUUAAUUAUCUGACGUCAAUAAUUGAUACCUACCUUGUAUCCUAUUUUUAAAAUAAAUCUAUUCUAUUCAAUUUAAAACAAGGAAAACAUAAGAAUAUAAUACACAUUAUUAUAAAUGAAACUGGAACUACAUACAUUCGUCCUUCCUACUUUGUACAGUGCCGCUGACCACGUCGUUUGACUAACAUCAUUGCGGCUGGUAGGAAAAAGGUCCGGGUAAUUCGCUUUACUUUGUCUAAUAUGGGAAUUUCAAACGUACAUUUGGGGUUUACCUGCAAAACUGGGACCGUUUUGUUGUUUUUUUUUUCGUUUUUAAUAACAUUUUAGUUUUAAAUGU